AUGAAAUUCUUUGUCGCCUUCAUAACAACUUUCCUCUGCGUCAGCGCUUACAGAGUACGCGUGCCCGUAAUCGACUCUCUAUCGUCCGCCUCGAGUGAGGAGCUUAUAAUUAGGCCACCUGUUGUUGAGCAACCGCAACCAAUCAUACCACAAUCCAUUAGCUCCAUAUCCUCGGCAUCCAGUGAAGAGCUACUUCUGCUACCCUCUGCUGGUGCCUUGUCGGGUGUUGGCGUCGUACACAAGCCCAUUUUGCAGGCGGUGAAAGUGAAGUUGCCACAAUAUGGUAAUGUCCUGGACGCCAAUCAUUAUCUCGCACAAAUCUUGGCACCACAAGACGCUGCUGUACAAGCUGUGGAAACUCUUGGUUAA